AUGAUAGAGAUUAUUGAGAUAGAUAGUGGAGAUGGUAGUGAUAUGGAAAUUAUUAGAGACUCUCAAACUGACGAUAAUGAUGAUGACUCUUUGAUUAUUCUGAAUGAUUUUAAGGAAAACCCAUACGAAUCAUUAUUAGAUUCAACUGAUGAUGAACAUGAUAAUAAUCAAUUUCUUGAUGAAUCACUAGCUGGCGAUGCAAUCUUCUCUCUUAUAACACAGCAUAAACAAAGCACGAAUUUAGAUUUAGAUAAAAAUGGUGGAAAUAAUAUUAAAAAUGAGCCUUCUAUUAAAGAUAGUAAAGUUGAAAUUAAGCAAUCAGAUUUAGGAGAUGAUUUUGAUGAAGAAUUAGGUAAGAAAAUGAAAAGAUUUCGAGAUAUUUCAGAUGAUAUAACCACUUUGAAAAAAAGGGCCUUGGAUUAUGAAUAUCGAACAGAUUCGAAUAAUAUAGCCCUAUUGAAGAAGCAAAUUAAAUAUAAAGAAAUUUCAAAUAACUAUUUAGAAAUGGUAGCUAAUGAGACCUUAUCAGGAAAAUAUAAAGAUUGGUUCUUUUUUACUGAAAAUUCUAGAUUCAAUGAAGAUAUCCUCGAAGAUAUUGAAAAUUUUUCUUCUAAAGAAAUUAUGUUGAAAUACGGUGAUUUCAAAAAACUCUUAGUCUGCUUUGGUACGAAUAUUAAAUAUCUAUACCAAGAUUAUAAUAUUUCAGAUUUAAAAUAUAAAUACGAUACUCUAUCAAUUUUACAACCUAUUGAUACCAUGAAAGUUAUUAUUGGACAUUAUUUCAUUAUUGAUCCAAUCAAUUUUAAAAAAUUUUUUCCAUCUUUACUGUUAGAUAGAAAUUUUUAUGAGUCAUUAUCAAUUGAUGAUGAUUGGUGUACUUCCUUUUACAAUAAAAUAACUCCAAAGAUAUUUUUCAAAAAUUAUUUUAAAGUUGUAAAUAAAACCGAUUUUUUCCUUCAUUAUAGAUUAAUUAGGAUUAUACCAAGUUCAAAAAAUUUAAUUAUCUCUUUAAUUUUUAGUACUUCUGUUGAAGUAAAAGAUGUUGAGAAAAAUCCAGUAAUCGAAAUGUUUAAUUAUUUAAUUGACGAAAAGAAUUAUAAAAAUUUGUUAUAUUUUAUAUUAGUACUUUCGGGCUCAAAUUUAGUUCCCUUUGGUUCAAACAAAUAUGUUGAUUAUUUUCAAAGUUGUAUUAAUGAUAUUAGUGAUGAAAAUUCGAAUGAAGUUGAACUAACAUUAGUUCGAAAUAUUUUAAAAUUAUUCGAAAAAGUAUUGAGCUAA